CCUUCUCAACAUGCAACAGUUGAGUACCUGGUUCAAAAAUGGCAGUCUAUUUUGCCAUUCUCUUUUUAAUUCUAUGUGCAAAAUGGGACAGUUUAUUCGCUGCAGAUGAUGGUAUUUUGCCGGACAGAACAAACCGAAUAGAAGACAUAUAUUUGAGAUUUUAUAAUGGACAAACGGCAGAAGACUAUGUGGACAUCCCACUUAACCAGGCUGAGCGUCUCAUGGACAUCAAAGGGUUCGACAAAGACAAACCAGUCGUCUUCUAUAUACACGGCUUCAUCGAAUUGGCACAACAAGAGAGUGUUCAGGUCAUAGUAAACGCGUAUUUAGAAGCGAGGCCAGAUACAAAUGUAAUACUCCUAGAUUGGUCCAACAUGUCCCACGGCUCAUACUUAGUCAACGCUGCAAGGAAUACGAAAAAGGUAGGUGCCGCUGCAGCCGACAAUCUGAACAAACUAAUAGAGAUGGGUGUGCAUAUUGAGAAACUGCACGUCAUAGGACAUUCCCUCGGGAGCCACGUCGCUGGAUAUACUGCGAGGGAACUGAAGAACAGAUACAAUAAAACUGUCAAAAGAUUAACAGCCCUCGAUCCAGCUUUUCCAGCGUUCUACCCUGAUGGUGUGAUGAUGCAGCAUGUUACCGAGACAGAUGCGGAGUUUGUAGAUGUGAUACACACAGACGCGGGAGGGUAUGGCGCGCCAGUUCGUACUGGCACAGCUGACUUCUGGCCCAACGGGGGCAAGAGCAUACAACCUGGGUGUCCUAGAUUCGCACCCAUACCUUUAUCUGAUGAUAAUUUAUGCAGCCAUUGGAGAUGCUGGCGAUUCUACGCGGAGUCGGUGCGGAACCCCGAAGCAUUCCCCGCCUCACCAGCGGACUCGUACCAGAAGUUUAGAACGAACCCCACACCCGAAGCCGGCAUGGUCUAUAUGGGAUACGGUUGUGAUCCGAAUGCACAAGGAUCAUAUUAUUUGACAACGAAUGCAUCACCUCCCUUCGGAAAAGGAAUGGAUGGCAUAUAUCCGAAAAGGAAAAAAGAAUCGCCGAAAAAGGCGUAAAUCUUUAUGUAAUACAUGACAUUUCGACAGCAAAUUCUUGCUCAAUACAAUGUAAUAUUCCGAGAGGUUAUUCCAUAAAAAACCUGCUGGUUUAUUGUUUUCUGAACUCAUGAAUUUAUGAAAUGAGAAUCAAUAUCUCUUGAAAAAUUUAAGGACAUUUCUAAAAAUGUUAUAUCCAUUAAUUUAAGAUGUUUUGAAAAAUAUAAUGGCCUAAAUAGCAGUGUUUAUUAAACUAUAUUGUGAUGUCAUUUAAGCCGGGGCCACACUAAGACUGAUAUUAACGCCUGUUAUAGCAAAAGUUGUCUCAUAAAAAUAUUGUAUUAAACUAAAUUUAAAAUUACCUAAAUUCAUCUAUAAAUAAAUACUAUCUAUUUAAUACAAUAAUAUAUUGGACGUUAGUGUGGCUCCAACAUAAAAGAUAAAUCCAAAAUGGCGGCGCUUUUAUAUAUCGCGGUAUUUUGUUAUGGUUUCGAAAGUAGGAAUUGCAGAGCUGAACGAGCCCUUUUCUUAAUAUUUGAAUUUGUACUUAAUACUUACGUAAGUAACACUAGUUUCAUAGUAAGGGAAAGAAAUGAUUUUUAUUAUACACUAAGAACUUUGUAGAUUUUAUUUUUUUUACACUAGCUUUUGCACGCAGAUCCGCUCAUGGAAACAUUUUUCCUGAAUAAAAGUUCCGCUUUAUGUUUUCAUAAGCUAAAAUGGAGCCUAUAUUUUAAGUUAGCAAUACAUUGGUGAAAACUGUAUUCAAUUCAAUGCAGUAAUUUUUGUAGCGUCGUGAUGCGUGUACAAACAUACAGACAUGCAAAAAAUAUAAAAACUGUUGUUUUGUUUUCGGUUACCUAGAAAUAAUACCUUCCAAUAUUAGUUUUACUUCAAUAUCUAUAAUUUACAGUCAUCGGCCUGUUUCAAAUUUAUUAUAUGUAAAAAUUACUUACAUGAGAGGAUUUAAUGCUCAGAUAAUGUACAUAUGUACACAUAUAUGUAACUAAGUACUAUAUACCUGCAUAACGUAGGUAGGUACAAUUUAAGACCUUUUGUUUUCUUUACCUUCCCAUAUCCUGACUUGUGAAAAUAUCACAGACAAAAAAAUAAUUCACUGGGAAAUGUUUCAACAGACCUACUACAUUAUUAAAGUGAAAGAGAUUGUUCUAUUCCACGGGGUAUCAUAAAAAUACACAUUUUGCAGAUUUAGCACCUGUUUUCAUGUAUGUUUUAUGUACCGGUUAUCCUAUUAAACAGCUAAUGUGGAUGGUACUCAUUUUAUUAUAAUUUGUUUGGAAGCAUAGAUUACUCUAUAUGACUUUUGUUUUUGGUCGGCUUAUUUGUGUGACGAGUAACAUUUACUCAGAACUUGUGAAACAGACCCUAAUACUACAAAAAAUCUUUUAUUCAAAUUAUAAUUCUUUAACUUAGUGCCUUAGAACUUAACGCACAAAAUGCUUGAUUUGCACUAACUUAAACUCGGUGAUAUUUGUAGUUAUUAAUUAUUUUUACGACCUAGUGAAUAUGUAGAAAUGUAAUAAAUUAUAAACAUUUAGAAAAUAAAUGUAGAUACAACGAAAGUGAGCUUAAAAUGGUAAGAGGUAGUAAAAAUUAUAAAAUUAAUUAUCAGGCCCUAUUCCGUCUAUGGGGGCAAAUCCGUCUUUUUUCAAUUAAAAGUAAAUUCUUAAUUAAUUACUUUUAUAGCCAUAUGGGUAAAAGAAUAAAAAAUAAAUCUUAUUUACCUAAAUAGCAUUUAAAGCCGACCUUCGAUUAGAGCGUCCGUAAUUGUAAAAGGACGGAUUAGCCCUCGUAGACGGAAUAAGGCUGACUAUAUCUUAGAUAUUUAUGUAGACGGCCGACGACGACUUGCGUUUAACAUCCACACUUUGCGCGUUUUCAGUGUGCACAUUUGUAUGUAAAAGGACACUGUUUCAGUAAAAUUAAAUACGUUUAAAAAGUCGUAUUGGUAACCUCUUAGGACUUGAGGAAUAGAUAAGAAAUAAAACUCAAUCAAAAAAGUAAAUUUAAUUUUUCUGUACCUAAUUAGAAUACGUCUAAUGAGAAAUAUUUAAUGUUAAAAUAAUAUACUGUUAUGUAUAAAUUAUACAGAAGGCAUCUAUGUAUAAAAUGUUGUUAUCUAGAUGUAUAUGGGUGAAACAUAUGCAAUAAAAAAUCGCUUUGAAA